AUGUUGAGAAGACCCCAGUCUGGAUACACCAGCAACAGACCAGGCACAGCCACCACAUCUUACAGAAGACCUACCACCACAGGCACAAAUAGCAGGCCACCAAAGCGAAUUAUGGCUAUUGCAGAGGGUCGUGGUGUAGCUGCUGAAGUGGGCAUUUGUGUAUUUGAUAUCAAUAGCUGCGAAGUCGAGCUUUCUCAAAUGGCAGACUCACUAUCGUUUUCAAGAACCUUGCAGUCCGUCAAUCUAUAUGAACCUCAAAAGAUAGUGAUGCCGCUUCAUGCAGAGACAAGUGCAUUGAGUGAAAACAAGUUAAGUGCGUUAUUGCAGCAGCAUUACUCACAUAUCCCAAUCACCACUUUGCCGAAAAAAUACUUCAACGAUGAAAAGGGGAAGCAGCAUAUUGUUGAUUUCUCUAUGCAAGAAGAUGUGGCAGGUCUUUUGUGUGGUGUAUCAACAAAGCAUUUCUGCUUGGCUGCUCUCGCUAGUGCUUUUCAACAUGUCUUUGAGACCGAGGGAUGCUCCUUUGCCAACCAUACCAUCAAAUUCACGUAUAAAGGAGCAGAAGGCACAAUGCUUAUAGACACAAUCACUGCAAAAAACUUGGAACUAGUACACAACACGGCUCACACUCAUUCAAAACGAAAUACAUUGCUAGGCAUAUUGGACUACACACUCACUCCCAUGGGCAAACGACUUCUUCGCACCAACAUUUUACAGCCUCCUUGCAGCCUGCAGAUCACCGACGAUCGUUUAGACACUCUUGAAGAGCUGUGUCAAAAUGAAGAAUGCAUUUACAACAUUCAAUCCAGCUUGAAGCAGCUUGUGGACAUUGAUUCUAUUAUUUCUUUUAUUGUCAAGGUUCCAGUAACACAUCCUCAACACAACUCUGUCUUUACUGUGCAGUACUCUGAACAGAAGAUCAACCAUAUUGUGCAUUUGAAACAGGUCACUAAAUCUAUCAAAGCAAUUGCUCAGAGUUUGCCUGAACAUGUCAAGAAUCCACUGUCUCGAGACCAACAAGCACCACCGUGUAAACUCUUGCAUACAAUCUACAAUGUCCUGUCAAAUCGAGUAUUUGAUGAACUUGAAGCAGCUAUCAACGGCAUCAUCAAUGAGGAUAUUGGGGUUGAAAAGAGCAGUUUAGGCAUUCGCAACCAGAAAUGCUACGCUGUAAAGUCAGGAGUCAAUGGAUUGCUAGAUGUUGCUCGCCAGACUUACAAGGAGACCACAGAGGAUAUUUAUAACUUGAUCACCACCUAUGCCGAGACUUACAAGCUUAAAAUCAAAUUAGACUACACUGUUUCACGAGGGUACGGUAUCUCUAUGCCCACAAGUCAACUCACUGGCGAUGCCCAAUUGCCAGAUGUGUUCAUCAAUGUAAUUCAAAAGAAAAAGACGCUACAAUUCACUACUCUAGAGCUGACCUCCUUAAACCUCACACCCACGGCAAGAACUGUAACACAGCUACUUCAAGUAUUCAGAGAUCACAUCAACGCCUUGUACAAAUCAUCAGAAGCGAUUGCACUGCUAGACUUUCUCACUUCACUAGCGUCUUACAAAUUGAACUCGAUUAAUCUCGUGCGCCCUGAAUUCUCAAACACGUUAGCCAUCAAAUCAGGUCGACAUCCCAUAUUGGAAUGUAUUCUACUAAUUCCAGUUGUUCCCAACGAUACAUUCGCUUCAUUAUCUAGUAGCUUCCAAUUUAUCACAGGUCCAAACAUGAGUGGAAAAUCAACCUAUCUCAAACAAGUUGCAUUGUUGGCUAUCAUGGCGCAAAUCGGAUCCUUUGUACCAGCUGAUUAUGCUUCAUUUCGGUUAUGUGAUCAGAUGCUCUCCAGAUUGGCAAAUGAAAAUACGUUUUCAGAUAUCGGUACUUCCUCCUUCAUGUCUGAAAUGAGAGAAAUAGCGUAUCUGCUUCAACAUGUUACCAGUAAUAGUAUUGUGCUUGUGGAUGAACUGGGAAGAGGAACAUCACCAGAAGAUGCAUUGGGCAUUAGUGGGGCUGUCUGUGAAGAUUUAGCGCGCACAAGAGCCUUUUGUUUCUUUGCCACUCAUUUGCAUGAGUUGACAUGCACUUUAGAUAUCUAUUCUAAUGUUGUUAAUUUGCAAUUCAAAGUGAACGUUACGAAAACCAAUGAAAAAGACUGUACAGUGGAUUAUCAGUACAAGAUUGAAGAUGGAAGACUGGCGACCGAGAAUCACUAUGGAUUGCAGACUGCUCAGAUUCUAGGUUUACCUACAGAAGUAUUGAACUGUGCCUACAAGAUUGUCACUGAUCUGGGAGGAAACAGACGCAACCUAACGCUCAGACAAACCAACGAACAACACAAUCUGACAAGAGAACGAAAAUUACUUUGGUUUGCAGACAAAAUAUUGCAACUUGGUCAAGCCUCCACUGCCUCCAACACUGAACAAUUGCGAAGCGAGCUUGAAAGCCUUCAAGAUAGUAUGCGUAGAGAAACAUUUUAUUAA